AUGGCUAUGGCAGCAAGAGGACGCAGUUCUAAACUGCCACCGGAGGUGAACCGGAUACUUUACAUCAAAAACUUGCCGUACAAAAUCACCUCCAGUGAAAUGUAUGAAAUUUUUGGAAAAUUCGGAGCGAUUCGGCAGAUUCGAGUUGGUUCCACCAAUGAAACUCGAGGAACAGCCUUUGUUGUUUACGAAGACAUCUAUGAUGCAAAGAAUGCUUGCGAGCACAUGAGUGGUUUCAAUGUUUCGAAUAGAUACUUGGUUGUUCUUUACUAUCAAGCUACGAAGGCAUACAAAAGAAUGGACACAGAAAAGGCGAAAGAACGUUUGGAAGAAGUUAAAGAGCGUUACGGUAUUGGCGGUGAUCUUACGAAGCAGAAAAUGGCUUACACACCGACUCCGCGACGGUAG